AUGUCUAGAAAUCCAACCAAACCUGUAAAUGAUUUGAUAAAAUUUUGGGCUUCGCAACAAGAAGAAAGUGAGAGAGAAAAGUUAAAAGCUUCUGAAAAGCUUCUUCCAAAGAGUCGACCUUUAUCACCAAAUGUUUCUGCCCCUUCUUCGCCGCAAACUAAACCUCAACAACCUCAACAAACCGCAUCACCAAGACCAUGGAAUCUAACCAAUCUUAAUAACAAUGCACCAUCUAGCAUUAUACCUUCCCUCUCUUCAGUAUCACCAUUACCCCCUUCCUCAAUACCUUUUGGCGAUUUAUCUGUCUCGCAACCAGUGUCUAUAUCGGAUCGGUUAUUCAGUAAUAAAUCAAAAGAUGUCAAUGAUGAAAAUGAAGAUUCUGUUCCGGAUAACAGUUUCUCUAUAAUUGACAUACAACACGUACCUGGUCAUAAGGAACAUGGGAGAAUGGAUUGGAGUCUUCUGACACAAGAAUCUUCUUCUUCCACUCCUGUUGCUUCUUUCACAGAAAAUGUCAAUUCCUCCUCCACGAAACCAACAGUGCAGAAAUCACUUGUCAAAGACACAUCUUUUCUUAAUACGACGCGUGAUCCUCCUCUGAAACCAAAAGAUCCGUCAAUACGCGAUUCUUUGCCAAAAGUAAAGAAAGUUUCUAACCUGGUAUCAAAAUUUGAACAAGUCGCGUCCCCGCCAACAUCUCCGACUGCUUUGUCACCGAUAAAUAGGUUUAACCAAAUUCCGGAUCCAUUGACUUUAGAUAAAGAUCCAACUUCUCCUACUGAUGGACACGUAAAAAGGAUUCAACCGAUUAUUGAACCCUUAUUUAUGUCUUCUCUAAAAAGAAAUGUUUUGACUGAUGAAUCAGAAUCUACGGUGACGACUUCGCAACCUUCCACAUCUUUGUUGUCUUCUAAAGAAAAGAAUAAAAAGUCAACUGCCAAUGGAAUAAUUGUUAAUGUGUCUUCAACACAGACUUAUUCGACCAUAACGUCCCCUAUUGAAAAUGUUGUAAUGAAGGAAUCUGUAGUAAGCACGAAUGUUCCUGAAAAUCCUACGUCGACUAAAACACAAGCUAAGAGAAAUGCUCUCGAGAAUUUUACAUCUUCGACAACGCAAAAUACGCCGGCGACAUCUAAACAAAACAUAAGCUCAACUCUCUCUACAAAUCCUUUUAUUACGAAUUCAAUUUUUCAAUAUACCAUGGAAGGUUCACCGACUAUAAUGACACCCACUUCAAAUCAUGUCAAACCUAAACUUGAGCCAUUAUCAAUUGCUUCUUCUCCACCGGUGAGGAGGCCUUCACAGGCAUCGUCCUCAAUUCCUGAUACGUCUGCCCCUCCAAAGCAAAUCGUAAUACCAACAAUUCAAGAAUCUAUACACGAAUAUGAUUCUUCUGUUCUUUCAUCUUAUGAGGAUGACUCUCCAAAAAUCAACUUAACCUCCCCUCUUCGUAUUCCAUCACCUGAACCCUUAUUCAAAAGAUAUCGUACCUCUACCGAGUCUGAUACAGAGUUCUUUACAUCUUUAUCAACUGAAUUCGAUAAGAUCUUAACGGAUUCUAAAUCUAAAGUUUUGACGAAGUCUAGAUCCACCCGAUUUUCGGAAAUAUUACCUCAAUCAGCAAAGUCUGCGAAUCUUUCAGUGCCUCAAGGAUUUCGCGAUUCAUCUCGUAAACCUCUAAAGUUGGAAACAGAUCUAUCCACUUCAACUUCAAACGAAACUCCUGCCUCACCUGUUCAAAAGCAAAUUACAAACGAAACCCCAGCUUCUCCAAUUUCACCGGCUCGAUCUCUCAUUUCUUCAACUCAUUCACCUAUAUCACCUACUCGGUCUAAAAGCCCUGAAUCCGUUUCUCGAGAUUCUUUCUCUAAUAGAUACACUCUACCAGCUUUACCAGUAUUACCGUCUAUUGUCCCAGCUUCGCCUAUCUGGGGCCCAAAUGCUGAGAAAUCUGUUCCACCAUCACCAAUUCAGACAUCAACUCCCAAAAUUAAAUCACCUACAUUACCUCCAGCAUUGCCUUUGGUCAACUCACCUUCGGUACCACCGAUUGAAUCAAAAAUUAUCGACAACCAGUCUGCAAAUUCAUCCAAACAGACCUCAUCAAUGUGGGGUUCUGUUCCUGAUACUUCUGAAAAAAAUUCCUCGACCCCCGAUGAACCUUUGUCACAACUUUAUUCUACGAUCUGGCAAGCUAUGACUCAAACUUCGUUAGAUAAAAAUGGUUCUAUUCGUAGAAACGGACCCCCAGCCUUUUCAGAUAAUAAUCGUUCAGUGUUAUCUCCUGAAGCUGCACCAAUUUCGUCACACCGAUCUAAUAGUAGCGGACUUGGAUUUCCUGAACCGUUACCAAAAGCGCAAUAUACUACUACAAAUCGCCGAGAGAAUGAGUCCACGGCUCCAUCUCGAGUAUUUUCCAGCACUUUGCCAAGUUCGCUUAAUUUGCCUUUACCGGCGAUGGAUCGAGAUUCUUGGGGUCUUUGGGGUGAAUCGCUAAAUCCUUUCAAGUCUCAUUUUGAUAGUAAAUCAAGUACACCCGAACCAUACAUAUCGAAUUCAGAUGAUAUUAACCAAGACAAUCAAGAUUAUAAUCCAUUUUUGGAUUCGCAUUAUGUAGACCAAUCUGACCUUUACAAAGUGAUUGUCGGCCCAAAAGGGGGUGACAAAAAGAAAAGUAAUCUGCUAACUGCCAGAGAUACUGGCGCAUAUAUCAUGGAAAUGCAAGAGACAAAUAUCGCGAAUAGAAAAGAUCGAAAUGAUAGUUACAUGGAUAAAAUCAAGGGAUCCAAUGAACAAGAAAGAUCUAUUCCAUUGAAGGCUAAAAUGUCAAUGAGAAAACCCAUGCCGAGUAUCAACGAUACCUCACUGUCUGAUGAAAACCAGGGUCACGCUUACACCAUAGCAUUGCGAAAAACAGGUUCUUUUGAAACGUAUGUAUCAGAAGCUGGCUCUACAAAGAAGUCGCAAUAUGGAAAACGACACAAGUUCAAACCCGUUCAAUUGCCACCAUCCCCAUAUACCACUGUGAGGCCAACGAGAAAUUCAUUGUCGCCAAUUUCAACACUCAAGAAUAAUCCGAUCAUUGCACAGAAAACUUCUGUUAAAUAUAAUGAUCAUGAUCUUCCGGAAUACGCGUCAACGAAGUCAAGGAUGUCUGCGUUGGUUCCUCACAAUUUGACUACAACCGAGUACAGAAAGCUAAAUCGCUCUGACCCUGAUCUUACGGCCAGAUAUCGACAUAAUAUAUUCAACAAAGCGUUCAGAAAAAACAACAUGACAGUACCAGAUUUCACACGUUUGAAUUCUGUGAAAGAACGAAAACCAGAUUUCACAAUGGCCAUAAUGGCUGAUGCAGAUUUAGACCCUUCGAAGGUGACAAAAUUCAGCAUAGACCCGUUUGACGAAUCCGAAUCGAAUCAACUAUUUAAACCUGGCGCACCGUGGAUAUACUUGCCACACCUUGAUGAAUUUAUAAAGUCGUUGCCAGAAGCUGAAUUCUCAGAUCCUAAAGACUUAAUGACCGAUGAUGAAUAUGAAAAAUUUAUAUUAUCAAGUGGGAAUGGAAAAGCUCAACCAGAAUCGCUGUUCCCUCCAAUGAAUCAGAUCCCGAAAGAUAUCACCUUAGAUGACCUAAAGAACAAUAAGACGAAGUCAGGCUCUAAAUUUUCAUUGUCACAAGCAUCACGAAAUGAUUUAAUGGCGACGGCCAUUGAUGGAGUGCUGACAGUUCAAGCACCAUAUGGAAUAAAAUUUAUGAAGUUAGAGAUUAUAAGAGAUCUUAUACAAUUCUUGGCACUGAUAGUUACUUUUGGAAGUUCUGGUGUCCAGGGAGUUUGGGUUAAUGUGUUGUUAUACACAAUACCAAAUUUGCUCGGCCUAAAUUUAGAUCGCGUGUUUGGGCACGGAACUAUAUUCUUUAUAUUGUUUUGUCUGAUGAGCUUAAUGGGACUGUAUUGGUUUAGACUGAUGACUAAAUAUGAUCCUAAUGCGGAUGUUGAGGGUCUUGAAUCUUCACCAUGGAGCUUGCGUCCGGAAACAAAGAGACGUCAAAACAUUGUAUUGGUUUUCAUAUUAACCACUUUAUACCUUCCACUCUCAAAACUUUCAAUCGACGUCCUUGUGUGGUCCGACUCAUUUUGGGCCGUACCCAAUCCAUAUACAGAUGUUGAUAAUCCCGUAUUUGGUGAGGCUUCCAAUGGUAUGCGGAGUCCUGGUGAUUUUUGCUAUGUCACCAGCAUGAGAAAGGAUGACAUGAACUUUUCGCCUGUACUCAUUGGGAUAGCAUUGUUGACGCUUGGAGUCUUCACUAUCUGGUUUCCUAUUGCGCUGAAAAGAUUAGUUGAUAAGAAUUUGCCGAAAACAGACAGCUAUAAUGAACUCGGGGAGGCUGUUGCUUCUUCAGAGGAAGAAUAUAAAAAAUUAUUAUUAAAGGAUACCUGUCCAUAUAAUUUCUUGUAUAAUGUUUACAGCUCAAAAUGGGCAGCUUACAAGACAUUUAUCAUGGCCAACAAAUUUGUCAGCAUUCUUUUUGUAGUAUCAAUAUCUAAGGACAAUUGUUUAUUUAGGAAUGUACCAAGAAUGCAAACCGACAUAAUCCGACAGUUAAUUCAAUUGGUACUGAUGAUAAUUCUUUUCCUGUUUCACUGGAAAAGCGAACCAUUCCUAUAUCCAUUACAGAACACUGGUGAAUACUGGUCACGUAUUGGAUACGUUGUGAAUUCUAUACUAGCUGUUGUUAUAGCAUUCCAAGUAAGCUCUAUCGAUGGAAUAAGAACCGCAUCAACGAUAAUAAGUUACCUUUUUAUAGCAGUAGUGGUAUGGUGCGUAGUUCAGGAAACAGAAAGUUAUCGCACUAUCUUGAAAAAGGUCACGAAAAGGCUAGACUUUAGUUUGAACAUUUAUUCAUCGAAACUGGAUUUCUCAAAACACAUCAAAAAAAGGGUUUGGCAGGAGACUUGGAGCGCGUUGUUACUAACUUCAGAUCAGUUCAAGAUGCCAAAGGACAAAGUAGUCGCCUACUCACAAAGCAUUUACCGCCCACCGUAUAUGCUGAAUUUCAUGGGGACAGUUGCCGAACGACAUGUAGAGAAUCUGAAGAUUAUCAGGCAAAUAGGAAUAAGGAAUUAUACAUCGUCAAUGACGCCAUUAUCAACCUCGCUGUUAAAAAUGCGAGCAAAAAUUGUAGACAAUUAUGUUGGACCUGACAUGUAUUAUGCACCAGAAUUCUUGUCUUUGAAGAUCAAAACAUGUUUCGGAAAAGCAUAUGUAGUACCAUUUCCGUUUAGCGUGGUGAUGGUUUAUGAUGAGGAUGAAAGUGUUGUUACUUUGACGCAGGAAUGGGAAAUUGCUAGAUAUAUACAACAAAAUGAAAACAAGGAAAUUAUGAGGCGUCGAUUAGUUAGGCAGAUGAUAAGGGCUCUUGAAGGUAAAACCGUGAUCGGGCCAUGUUAUGACGGGAAUGACGCCGAUUUAUCUCGAGACAUGGAUAGUAAGUCCUUUAACGGUUCAUCGAACGUCCGCUAUUAUCGAGGUCUUCUUCAGAUACGGCGCAAACAAUACUCGAAGUGGAAAGAUUUUUAUAAUAUGAACCCUGGAUUUGAUGUCACUAUCACAUAUGCUGCUGCCUCAAAAUGGAACACUUCUCAAAAUUCUUCACAACCAACACACGAACGAGUUGUAUCACAUGAUGUUCUCGGUAUAACAACAGAUUUUCAGAUGACACCUCAGUUAGAAAAAUUAUUCACGGACAAUUAUGGCUUAUUAUCGGUUGGAUUAAAUGAAAUACAAAAAAUGAUGAAAGAAUACCGGGAGUUUUAUAGAGAUGAAGCCAGAGCCAAAGAAAAUGCAUUAUCAUAUGGUUUCUUCAUAAAUAUUUACGAUAAUCCAUCGAUACCUCUCGAAUCUUUGCCGGCCCUAUUGUUAUCUACCGAGGAAAAUCCGGCUGUACAUGCUAUACCGGAAACCAAUUAUCCAAGUUUAAUAUAUUUGUAUGAGCGAAUGAGAGCGGUGAAUAUAUCACGUGUUCACCAGUGGUGGUAUCUGUUCUGGGAGGAUCUGUGGAGAAAGAAUCACAAGGAGAUUUCUGAGCUAAACAAACACCCACAGGACUUUUCACCAUCCUAUAGAACAAGUGUGUGUUAUAGACCCAUGGUAAGGCUAGAGUUGGAGAAUUUCUUGGAGAAAAGGGGGUGUUGGAAGAAUAAUGGAAAGAAAGGAUUUUUAAAUAGUGGAGUUCUAAAUCGGGUCUAUUUAUAUUUGAAUAACGUGGUAUUUGAAGGCUCUGAUGGAAAAAACAAACGAAGGAAGAGUAAUAGCAAAGAUAUUGAAGAAGAAAAGACAAAGAGAUGGAAUAUAACAAAAGGGAACACCAUUGAUGAUAAUAGUGAAUAUCAAAUAAUGCAAGUUUACCAAGGACAAGGCCGUUCUUUAUAUUAG